UUUUGAGUAGAACCCUUUGCUUCACCAACUAAAACCCCAGCAGCAGCAUCUGCACCGCCAAAACCCACCGCCGCCGCCGUUAGUACAGAUGUCAUCGAGGCCGGAGUUACAGGCACCGCCGGAGAUAUUCUACGACGACGUUGAAGCUCGAAAGUACACGUCAUCUUCUCGUAUCGUUGGAAUUCAGGCAGAGCUUUCAGAGAGAGCACUAGAGCUUCUUGCAUUGCCUGAUGAUGGAAUCCCUAGGUUGCUUCUUGACAUUGGUUGUGGUUCGGGGCUCAGUGGUGAAACAAUAUCUGAGAAUGGACAUCAUUGGAUCGGUCUAGAUAUAUCGCGCUCCAUGCUUGAUAUUGCUUUGGAGCGGGAGACGGAUGGAGAUCUUAUACUUGGUGACAUGGGUCAGGGCCUAGGACUACGUCCCGGAGUUAUGGAUGGUGCCAUAAGUAUCUCGGCUGUUCAGUGGUUGUGCAACGCUGAUAAAUCUUGUCAUGAGCCACGAUUGAGAUUGAAGGCAUUCUUUGGUUCACUUUAUAGAUGCUUAGGCAGGGGGGCUAGAGCCGUUUUUCAGUUGUAUCCUGAAAAUAAUGCCCAGCGAGAGCUUAUUUUAGGUUUUGCCAUGCGUGCUGGAUUUGCUGGUGGUGUUGUCAUCGAUUACCCUCACAGCUCAAAGAAAAGAAAAGAGUACCUUGUCCUUACUUGCGGGCCACCUUCUAUGAGCACCGCGGCACCAAGUGCCAAAGGUGAAGACGGUAACAGUAGUUCAGAUGAUGAGAGUAGUGGCGACGAGGAGAACCAAACCGUGAGUAUUUCGGAUAGGAACAGGCCACGGAAAAAGCAAAAAUUAACAAAGAAAGGGAAGACGAGAUCAUGGGUGUUGAAAAAGAAAGAGAAGAUGAGGAGCAAAGGAAACGUUGUGCCUCCGGACACAAAAUACACUGCUCGCAAGCGGAAGGCCCGUUUUUGAACCUAGGUCUUUAUAUAUAUCUGUUUUCUUGUCACGUGAGAGGCGUGAUAUUGGACAACAUAUCUGAGAUUUUUGAGGUAUUGUAAUUUAAUACUUUAUGCAUUUAGAGCGGGUGUUUUUUUGUUCCUUUUUUGUAUGAAAAGUGUACGUUUAUUACCCAA